GCGCCGCCGCCACCUCCGCCUCCGGGGCCACGGCCAAGGCCUCCUGCUGCCGCCAUGUCCGCCAGCGCCGUCUACGUGCUAGACCUGAAGGGCAAGGUGCUCAUCUGCCGGAACUACCGCGGGGACGUGGACAUGUCGGAGGUGGAGCACUUCAUGCCCAUCCUGAUGGAGAAAGAGGAGGAGGGCAUGCUGUCACCCAUCCUGGCCCAUGGCGGCGUCCGCUUCAUGUGGAUCAAACACAACAACCUCUACUUGGUGGCGACCUCCAAGAAGAAUGCGUGCGUCUCCCUCGUCUUCUCCUUCCUCUACAAGGUGGUGCAGGUGUUCUCAGAGUACUUCAAGGAGCUGGAGGAGGAGAGCAUCCGGGACAACUUCGUCAUCAUCUACGAGCUGCUGGACGAGCUCAUGGACUUCGGCUUCCCGCAGACCACCGACAGCAAGAUCCUGCAGGAGUACAUCACUCAGGAGGGCCACAAGUUGGAGACGGGGGCCCCGCGGCCCCCCGCCACUGUCACCAACGCAGUCUCCUGGCGGUCUGAGGGCAUCAAGUACCGGAAGAACGAGGUGUUUCUGGACGUCAUUGAGUCAGUGAACCUCCUGGGUAAAUACCCAGGAGUGGGAUUGCUGGGUCAUACGGUCAGCGCCAACGGGAAUGUGCUGCGCAGCGAGAUCGUGGGCUCCAUCAAGAUGCGGGUCUUCCUGUCGGGCAUGCCCGAGCUGCGCCUGGGCCUCAACGACAAGGUGCUCUUCGACAACACGGGCCGCGGCAAGAGCAAGUCGGUGGAGCUGGAGGACGUGAAGUUCCACCAGUGUGUGCGGCUCUCGCGCUUCGAGAACGACCGCACCAUCUCCUUCAUCCCUCCUGACGGCGAGUUUGAGCUCAUGUCCUACCGCCUCAACACCCACGUGAAGCCCUUGAUCUGGAUUGAGUCUGUCAUCGAGAAGCACUCGCACAGCCGCAUCGAGUACAUGAUCAAGGCCAAGAGCCAAUUCAAGCGGCGCUCCACAGCCAACAACGUGGAGAUCCACAUCCCCGUGCCCAACGAUGCCGACUCGCCCAAGUUCAAGACCACCGUGGGCAGCGUCAAGUGGGUUCCCGAGAACAGCGAGAUCGUGUGGUCCAUCAAGUCCUUCCCGGGUGGCAAGGAGUACCUGAUGCGGGCGCACUUUGGCCUGCCCAGUGUGGAGGCAGAGGACAAGGAGGGCAAGCCCCCCAUCAGUGUCAAGUUCGAGAUCCCCUACUUCACCACCUCCGGCAUCCAGGUGCGCUACCUGAAGAUCAUCGAGAAGAGCGGCUACCAGGCCCUGCCCUGGGUCCGAUACAUCACCCAGAAUGGGGACUACCAGCUCCGGACACAGUGAGGCCCCUGCCAAGCAGCUGGAGCAGAGCCGCCAGCCAGACGUCUGGACCCGGCACCCUCCCAGCCCCCCAGCACCCUUGCCACCUCCAGCCUGUCGGCUGGGGAAUGCCGUCUUCUCUGGGGACGUCCUGUCUCCGCCCUCUGGGCGGUGCCGCUGUUCUGCUGUGCAGCUCCCUGGCAACAAGAAGAUGGGGACACACUGGCCGGAUAUUGGCUGCCCACGCCACCUGCCACGCCUUCGGGCCCAGGACGUGGCGCUGUUGCUGUUGCUGUUCACAGCGGCUGUGGGCUCAUGAACUUGCACUCGGUGGUCGGUGGCUGUUUCCAUUAUAACCGAUGCUGCCAUGCCCACGCGCCCCAGCACUGGGGGCCACCGUCCUGUCCCCACGUCUCCUCGUUCCUCUGGCAGCACUUAGUGAGGGCGACGCUCCCUCACCUUCCUCGUAGGAGCAGAGGCCGGUGGUCAGUCUGUCUGUCCACAUGCCUCCCUCCCUGCCUCCCGUGCUGCGACUGUGCUGCCCUCCGGGGCUGCCUGUGCCACGCCACGUCAGUGUUUCUCCCCGGGGGCUGGGCGACUGGCCCAACCUCUUCCCCCACACGGAGCCCGGGAGGACCCGCGCCAUCUCAGUGCCUCGUCCUCCCACUGUGUUUGUCCGAGUCAUGGUUCCAUUAAAUUCCUUUCACUGGG